UGUCAUUAGCUGUAGAUGCGUAUGGUCAUCAUUUAUAGUACCAUAGUUAACUGGCAAUACGUAAACCUUAUUUGUAACUGUAUAAGGUUCAUUUAUGAUCAAUUUCGAGUGUUAAAUUGCUGUAUCCUAUAGAACAUUUAUUUUAUUCUUAUAAAUAUGACCUACUAGUGACAUUCUCGGGGAAUAAAACAUAAUACUUGAUUGUAAUAGAAAUUUAAAUAAACAUACAAUGUUUUUAUUGUAUUUCUGCGUAUGUGUGAGUGUGGUGGUGUGUUAUGAAGUGCCUCCGGCUAAAUUGGAAGCGAUUUAUCCUAAAGGAUUGAGGGUGUCUGUCCCUGAUGAUGGCUUCUCCCUCUUCGCCUUCCACGGUAAUCUCAACCAGGAAAUGAACGGCCUUGAAGGAGGACAAUGGUCCAGAGACAUCACCAAAGCCGUCAACGGAAGAUGGACGUUCAGGGACCGAGAGGCGCAGCUGAAGAUCGGAGAUAAAAUAUAUUUCUGGACGUAUGUGAUCAAGAAUGGACUGGGCUAUAGGCAGGAUAAUGGGGAGUGGACUGUCACAGAAUACGUAGACGAAGCGGGUAACCCCGUCAACAACGAGCCAGAAUAUAUACCAUCCGGCUUCCCCUGCGCCAUAUCUACCACGGAAGUCUCGAUGCCUGGCUAUGUGUGCAAGGGGCAGCUGCUGUUUGAAGAUAACUUUAACUCUGGGAUCGCGAAGGGAAAUAUUUGGACGCCGGAAAUUAAGUUCCCUCAAGAGCCCGAUUUUCCGUUCAACGUGUACUUGAGCGACCGCAACCUCCGCGUUCAAGAUGGACGGCUGAUCAUCAAACCUAUCCUUCUGGAGUCCAAAUAUGGAGACGACUUUGUGAGGCAGUCAUUGGAUUUGUCGACUAGAUGUACCGGCUUACUUGGAACGUCGCUAUGUGAGCAAAUGGCCUCUGGACCUCAAAUCCUGCCGCCUAUCAUCACAGCCAAGAUCACGACUAAGAAUAAGUUCAGCUUCAAGUACGGCAGGGUUGAAGUCAGCGCCAAAAUGCCUCUGGGGGACUGGUUGUAUCCAGAGAUCCAGUUGGAGCCCCGGGACAGUGAAUACGGCAUAUGGAAGUAUGCUUCCGGUGUUCUUCGCAUAGCGUAUCUAAAGGGCAACAAACAGUAUUCUAAGCAGCUGUAUGGAGGACCUAUCAUGUGCGAUACGGAACCUUACAGAUCAAUGCAUUUGAAAGAAAAAAUUGGGUUUGACAAUUGGAAUUCAGCUUUUCAUAACUACACAAUAUUAUGGAAACCAACCGGCAUAUCUCUCUACGUGGACGGAGAGGAGUACGGAACAGUCGAGCCCAACUUCUAUCAGAGCGCUAAGGACAACCAUGUCACCGCCGCGUCCAGUUGGCUGAAAGGUUCUGUCAUGGCCCCUUUCGAUAAGCUGUUCUACAUAUCCCUCGGUCUGAACGUGGGUGGAAUACGAGAGUUCCCAGACAGCGACAACAAACCCUGGAAGAAUCUUUCCAACAAGGCCAUGUUGAAUUUCUGGAACAGCCGAGACCAGUGGUACUCCACGUGGUACGAUGACACCAGCGCACUGCAAGUGGACUACGUGCGGGUUUAUGCUUUAUAGAAGAAAGAAAAAUAAAUAGUAGAUUAUACAACUAAAAUGUGUGUAGUUGGCCAGACGCGUUGCAUGUAUACAUAUACGUGUAAGAGGGCUUCGGUCUCUCUUUACGUUGUUGGCGUUUGGUAUCUAAGGCAUUGAGGCGAUUUUCCUCAAACCAUUUGAUCUGAUUUAAGAUUAUACAACUAGGGCAUAAAGCAACUUUUAUUAUCUUGCAGGUCGAGGAUAUAUAUAUGUCCAAGUUGUAUUCUCUACUUUUUACUUUGAUUGUGAGAACAAAAAAAAAACAAUAUUUUAGGUUAUAUUGCCGUAUUUGUUUAAGUCUAAAGAAAAUCGUACUCGGGCCGGUCGGGGGCGCGAGGCACGCCGGUCGGGAGCACGGCAGUCGGGGGCGUGCGGGAGGGGGCAGUUGUAUGGCAGAUUUGGUCGUAAUAGAUGAUUUUACUUUAUGCUCUAGAGCAUAAUACGCAAUUUUAUACCGCGCGACUUAAAUGUCAAUUUUACGAGUCUGAGAAGUGAAAAUGAAAUUUUGCCUUCUUUGGCAGUACUUAAGGCAGCUUUACAAAAAAUGUCUCCUGAACUACCCGACUAUGCAUAACAGCCGUUAUGCAUAGUUACUUACCGUUGUCGUCACUUACAAUAUUAGAGAGACCCCACACUAGCGUCUUUUGAGCGUCGGCGUCUAGUCAGCGCUAUAGGAAAUGGCGUCGCUGCGCAGUUGCGUUGCGUCGAGCAGCAGCCAUAGAGUUGGCUAGACGCCGACGCUCGGGAGACGCUAGUGUGUGGGUGUGGAUGGGUGAUUUUGAUGGGGUAGAAUAGGUUCUACUCGUAUAGAGUGAUGUUAUUAUGUAAGUAUUUUGAUGACCAAUUUGAAAUGUGUUACCGUUAAGAAAAUCUAGUAUGUACCUACUCUUUCGGUAGAUGUCGCUAGAAGACUUCUUAAGACGUGUAAAUAAUGAAAGAACUAGAAAUAUUCGUCGUAGUCGGGUAAAUAUAGUUAAAUAAUAAAAAAAAACAUAAAUAUUAUAGGACAAUUUUACACAGAUCGAGCUAGUCCCACGAUAAGCUCAGUUAUACUUGUGUUGCAAGUACUUGAAGACGAUAUAUACGAUGAUAACUUUUCCAAAUAUAGAUACAUUUCCAAAAUUCGCGUUCAAAAGUAUACCUUUUACAGUCUCAAUUGUUAUUUAUUAAAUACAUUACUUUUUGUUAAGCUGUUAUAGUAAAUACCCCUAUAAUGGAACAGGCACCAGUAAUGGGAUGGUUCAUGGUAUGACAAAUCCUGUAAAACAAGUAUUUACCAUCAGUUUUUAAUCUCUGGCAACAUUUUAUCAUAAAUAAGAGCCAAAGAGCUGCGUAAGUUUAAUUUUUCAUUGAUAUUUGUGAAAUUGAAAAUUAAUGGCGCUAUACAUCCCAUGACUGGAGCAAAAAAACAUAGUUUUAAUUGGUUAAUAAUAUUGAAACGAAUUUCAGUAGCUUUAAUUAAAUACAUAUAAUACAUAAAUAACGAAUAGGACAUUCAACUUUUAAAGCACAAAGCGGUAGAAAUUUUACAGAUGUCGGUAAAAUAUCGAAAAUACUCCAAAUUUUCUCUUAAAUGUUCCAUGAUUGGUGCCGUUAACAUAUAGAAUGAUGGUAGAUACUUAUGAAACGUUAUUUGAUCCGCUACUUUUGAUGCUGACUGUACAUAAAUAAAAUGCAUUUGUUUCUUA